UGCUCUAUUUAAUCCCAGCUACUGCCGCAUCCCUUCUCUCCCUCUUUAGUCAAUACAGCAGCAUCUAUUUUGCCUGGCCCCUCGCUCGCUCGCCCGCCCGCCUCUCUCCGCGCCUGGGGUUUGUGCCACUGCGGUUUGGAUCCAGAGAGAGAGCGAGACAGAGGGAUCCACCGGGGAGAAUUAAAGAGGCAGCGCGCCAGCGUUGAUUUUCCCCCUUUUUCCCCCAGUGGGGAGGGGGAAGGACUUUAAGUUUGCUAGAAACCCAGGAAGAGGACGAAUUCCCCUCCUCUCCCCCUUCGCCUUCCUGCCUUCCUCUUCCCUCUUCCUCCCCCUCCCUCCCCCCGAAGGCAACCACCGGGACCCCCCACCCUCCCCAAGAUGCUCUCUCCGGCUUGCAACGUCUUAAUCCUCCUGGGGUCUUUCCUGAUCGCCGCCAGCCAAGGGAACCUGUCUCACGAUCGGAGCCAGCCGACGACGUCGGAUGAAAUCGUGGUCGCAGGCUCCAAGGUGCUCCUCCAGUGUGAAGUGGAAGACCCUGAUGACUCCUCCCUACAGUGGUCCAAUCCUGCUCAACAGACGCUCUACUUUGGGGAGAAACGAGCGCUGAGAGAUCUCCGCAUCCAGCUGGAGAGGUCUACGCCCAACGAGCUGACCAUCAGUAUCGACAAUGCGACCCUGGCAGACGAGGGCGAGUACACCUGUUCCAUUUUCACCAUGCCUGUGAGGACCGCCAAGGCCAUCGUCACUGUGCUGGGAAUCCCGCAAAAACCCCAGAUCUCUGGCUACUCCGAUCCUCUUAAAGAAGGAGACGUGGCCCAGCUGACGUGCUUCUCUUCCGGCAGCAAGCCGGCUGCUGAGCUCCGGUGGCAUAAGGGGGACAAGCUGCUCUCAGCUGAACCUUCAGAAGUGGAAGAAGAUGCUAACGGGAAGACGUUCACGGUCACCAGCCGCGUAGAAUUCACCGUCGGGAAAGAAGACAAUGGCGUGGAGGUCACCUGCACAGUUGACCAUGAGUCCCUGCAGAACUCCGACAAGUCCACCUCCCAGAAGCUAGCAGUCUUCUACAAGCCAACAGCUGAAAUCAAAUCAUAUCCCGACAGCCCACGAGAAGGACAAAAUCUGAGGCUGCGCUGCGAUGGACGAGGCAACCCAAUCCCUCAGGAAUACAAGUGGGAGAAGCAGGGAGCUCAGGCGCCCCUAGCCGAGGCCCAAGACAACAUCCUCGUCUUCGACAGUUUGAACAAAAGCGACAGCGGGACCUACAUCUGCUAUGCCUCAAGCAUUAUGGGCAUCUCCACGGCAAUAUACAACCUGAAUGUUCAUGAUGCAAGCCCCAUGACCCACAGUGGGAGCACGUACCACGCCAUCAUUGGGGGAAUAGUGGCUGUCAUUGUCUUCCUGCUUCUUAUCCUCCUCAUUGUUCUGGGUCACUACCUGAUCCGGCACAAAGCUUCCUCUCUUUUUCUGUGUCCCUAUGCAGGUACCUACCUGACCCACGAGGCCAAAGGCUCGGACGACGCCCCAGACGCAGACACAGCCAUUAUCAACGCCGAGGGUGGUCAAACUGGUGGGGAUGACAAGAAGGAGUAUUUCAUCUGAGUGGGGAGGGUGGGGCCUGGCGGCCGGGCAGCAGGGGGGAGGAGGAGGAGGAGGAAGUGGCGGAUCGGAACCCAACCUCGACUGAAUGACAACAGAACCCACCCAACCAAUAUGUCAAAGGAAUUUCUCUUGCGCCCAGGAAGGAAUGGACGGACAGACAGAGGGAUGAUGGUGGGGGACCGAGAUCGGCGAGGGGACAGAGGAGGAACGAGAGAGAGAAAGAAGAUCAGCUUGGCUCACAAUGCUUCUUUGAACUUGUAUAAAACAUUGUUACUAAACGGGGGGGACACGCACCCGAACAUUGAGAACCCCUCAAAACCCCUUGUUCCUGCUUGCUUGUACCUACAUAUCUGCGGCUGCCAAAAUCGCACUAAACACAGACCUGGAGAGUGAGUGAUGAUACCUUUCUUUCUUCCUUCCUUCCCUCCCUUCUGCCUUCCUUCUUUCCCUCCCUUCUUCCUUCCUUCCUUCCGGCUCCUUUUGAGGCUGUUUUAUCUUCUUUUUCGAUGGCGUACUCUUGUUUUUGACUCUUUCUUUCUUUCUUUUUUUGCAAAAAAAGAGAAAAACCUCUGUUCUCGUUCCCUUAUGUUUGGAAUGUCUUGAAGUGGGGGCACUGUAGGGGUUUGUUGGGGGGUUCGGAUGGUGUAUCUCUUGCUUUCCUUUAGAGUUGUUCUGCUUUUUCUGUUUUGAUGUCGGAGGAUCAAAUCCGCUUGUGUUUGGGGUGGGGACAACGGACAUCGGGAGGAGAUCCCUUAAUCUUGCAUCUUAGGGGUCAAGCAAGGCGGGCUGAACUCUGAGCAAGGGAGUGCUGGGCUUAUCAAAAUCGGGGGCCCGGCUCUAAGGCCUGGAAAGCCCCCCCUUCCUAUUGGAAGAGGAGGGGGGUGCAGCAAAGGGAACUUUCCUCCCUGCUGCCUCCAACUUCCUCAGGCCUUCCUCUGUGAUGGUCUUCAUUCGGGAAGGUUUUGGGAGCCAGGCUGAUGAAGGACAGGCUCAAAUUUGGGGGGCAGAUUUGCUAUGAAAACCUCUGCCGAUUUUAUCCUUCGACAAGAUUUUGUUCCUCCGGUUGCGUCUCUUUGUUUGGAGAGGAGAAUGUCGUUGUGUGGUCCGUGUACCAAGGGAUGCCAGCUAGCCGGUUGCAGUCCCGACCCAAACCCAUGGCAAAAAAAGAAGAAGAAAGGGGGAGUUUGCUUUGAGGCUCCCCUGGUGUCCUUUAUGCUUCCCAGUCACGAGGGGGGGGGGUUCGAGAGCCAGGUGCUUCUAAGGGGGCCACUCAAAGAGAGAGGACUCCCAUCGCUGGGGUUUUCUCUUGGUUCGGAGCCCCGGUUUCUCAGUGCAAAAGGGUACGCGCUAUCCUCCUGUGUCUUCCUUGGGUUAGAGAGGAAGCAAGGCAUUCCAGGGGGCUGCCCCAUAGCUCAAGGGCAGCUUCUAGUGCCAUCAGCCCGUUGGUGGGGAGAGUUGAAUGAGCAAGAUUUAUUGAGUGAUGCAAUUACAGUUCCCCAAUCUCCAGUGUUUGAUACUGAUUAGACCACAGGGUGGGGGGGAAGUGUCAGCUGCGGUUAUUUCAACAUGCACACAAAUACACACCCUGCCAAAUUAAUUCAAGCCUGGAUCCAACACUGCAAUCAGAAACAGUGUUUCUUCCUCACAGGCAUACAUCUGAAGGUUGCUCUCAUUGCAAAUGAUUCAGAUGCCCUGUUCACCACCGCCACAGAGGGAUAAACUAAUGCCUUUCCACUGUCAAUAAAAACUUGGGGGGGGUCCACCACUGUCCCCCCACUCCCCAAAUCAUGAAAUCUUGCUUUGUGAUCUCUAAAAGAACAACCGCCUCUGGUUCUUCCUUCCACUUUGCCUUCUGUCACAAUAGCCUCUCCUCCCUCCCAACUCACACACAGACACAAUUGUCACACACAACUACUGCCAUGGUUUUUUGAGAUUUCCUCAAAAACCUCAGGGAGGGCCAGAAACUUGAUGGAUUGUAAAAUGAAACAAAAGCAGACUUUGAGGGGAGGGCAGUUGUUCUUGCCAUGAAAAUGGUAGGCUUUUUGAGUUUUAAGGUGCCUGCUUUUUUCUUUUCUUUUUCUUUUCUUUUCUUUUCUUUGGAAAUAGUGUAGCGGCUGAACACGUAACACAGCAAUUGGCAUGGAUAGGUGAAAUAUUUUGCCUUAGCUCUGUGAGUUCACAUCUGUCUAUUUUUCAAAGUGUUUAGUGCAAUGAACAUGCAUGCAGAGAGCAUGUCCCAGCGAUGGCUUCUUUUGCUGCUCGUUUUGUAGUUCUGUGACAUUCACACAUUUCAUCUCAAACACAGAGCCAAACGCCACUUUCCAGCUUGCGAUGUCGUGUCUUGAAGAUACUGUUGGUCCAGGUUUCACCUAAGAUAGGCUAAGUAGCUGGUGAUUGUCCUUGGCAACUGGGCAGGCUGGAGAAUAGGGCUUCUGAGCACGUGCAGAGAACUUUCUGUUGUCAGAGUCGUUGCACACAUUCCUGGGAACUGCAGCUCUUCCAGUGGAGUGAGUGUAUGUAUUCUCCUCUUGAUAGCUUGGCAAUAUUGAUUGGCAACAUACUCAGGACAAAGCAAAUGCAACAGAACUUCUGGCAUGGUGUAGCGAUGAUGGCUGUGAAAGAGGGGAUUAGACAAAAUUCAUGGAGGAUAAAACAACCAACGGGUACCAGUCCUGAUGACUAUAUGCUACUCCUAGGAUCGGAGUCAGGGUUGGUUGGGAGCAGCAGCAAGAGAGAGCUGUUGACCUCAUGACCUACUUGUGGCCUUCCUAAAACACCUGGUUGGCCACUGUAGGAAGAGAUUUCUGGACUAGAUGCACAUCUGGCCUGACUCAAGAGGACUCCUCUUUUGUUCUUACCGGCCACAGAGGUUAGGAAUGGUUCCUUCAUCUUCAGAUGCAGGCUACCUCUAAAUAUCCAGUUGCUGGGGAUCUGUGGCAAAUGAGGGUUACUGCCUUCAAGCCCUGGUGGUUGAUGGUGGACUUUUCAGACUGAGGCACCUGAUUGGCCACUGCGGCAAACAGGAAACAGAAACUAGAGGAUGCUGGAGCUGAUGGACUGGUGGUCAGUUUGAGGAGAGUUCUCAAGUUUGUUACAUCGGUGUUGUCAGGUGUUAAGAGGUCAGCAGGUUGGCCCAGAUCCUGCUCUGGCUGAGGGUCCCUUGAAGUCAGAACUAGAAUCUCAGGCAGUUUGGUCUUGGGCAGUGACGGGAUCCUUUGGCCCCAUGGGCCUAUUUGAGUUUGCAAGCAUUCCUCAUUUGGCCUGCAAGGCUGUUCUGACCAGACUAAGCCCACCUAUCCUACACCCGAUGUCAGGUUUUGGACAGGUAAAGAUAGGCCUAGUCCAAGAAGGAGGCAGGGAAUUUGUGCUAUGAGCUGUGUUUUGAAAACCCUGGCAACCAGCUGAUCGCCGGGGCUUCAAAGCACCCUGGUCAUCAGUGCUUGCAGGGAGAGCUGUGUGCAAUCCUCUGAAGUCGAUCAGCUGGUUGCAUUUGCACCUGCAUGGUUUGAUUUCAAAACCCUGCAGAAAGAAAUGGGUCUCACCUGUGAUGUCAGGUGUGGCAAACUUGGCCUGUGGCAGGGAAGAUAGGUAAAGAGCUGGAUCCAGUUUCCCACUCCUGGUGUAAGAGGACCUUCUUAAGUGCCUAUGGAAAGUGGGGCUCAGGGAGAAGGAAGGCAGGAGGAUGCAAGGCUAGGCAAACUUUAUCAGCUGAUUGUUGGGGGCUUAAAGAAAACCACACAUUGCUCUGCAAGCACUGAUGGGUGCUUUGAAGCACCAACAAUCAGCUGAUUGUUGGGACUUCAAAGCACAGUCCACAGCACAACCUUCCCCUGCCUUUUAUGGACCACGUCCACCUUCACCUGCUCAAAAGCUGACAUCAGGUGGGAACUUCCCAGGGUUCCUGCAGUGAAUCAUAAAAUCACAAGCUUGUAGAGUUGGAAGGGUCGCCUAGUCCAACCUCCUGCAAGUGCAUUACUUUGAAGUGGUGGGAAUCUUGCUCCUGCCUCUGCCAGUCUCUGAACUGAUUGGAAAUUUGAUGGAGGUGUUGGCUCUUCGAUUUGAUCAAGCCAAUGACUGAUAUCUCCCCACCACCACCAAAACCUCCGCUCCGUCGGACCCCAGCCAUGGAUGGAUCCCUGUAGAUGUUGUUGGACCCCCAGUUCCCAUCAGCCCCAGCCAGCAGGGGAUGAUGGGAGCAGGAGUCCAACAACAUCCACAGAGCCAUAGUGCACUGUGGGAUCUCCCCUGCUCCCUUCUUUCGCCUGGUGACUGAACAGAUUAUCAGCACCUCUGCAGAUGGAAUCAAGGCUGUAUCAAUGUCAGUGGCCUUCAGGGAGCCUACAAGACAGUAGACUCCCCUCUAUUCUUCCCUAUCCUCCCCAUAUCUGCUCUUUAGAGCUAGACUGCCCCUGGACAUGGAGGUUCUAACACAAGGUCUGCCUUUCUAUAACUGCUGGGCAUCUUGAGUUUUCAGCACGGGGUGGGAUCUAUUUAUUUAUUUGGGGUUGCAGCCAAUGUUUGUCCUACUCAGAGGAGACCCAUGGAAAUUAAUGGACAUGGCUAACUUAAGUCCAUUAAUGUCAACAGGUCUAUUCUAGACAAUAUUUAGUUGGAUACCACCCCAUAGAUCAUGGAUUAGGUUGGAUUACUAUGUGGCUGAUCCAUGUGAGAAGAUUUGUCUGGCUGGGGGAAAUUUGCCUUGUGCACGUGAGAAAGAAAGCAGAGUAACCUGACCAAGUCAGCCCAUUGAUGCAUCUAACUCAGUGCUGUCUACACUGGCCACCACCAGCAGCAGGUAACUCUCUGGCAUUUAAGGCAGGUAUGUCUCUGCCAGCCCUACCUGGAGUUGCUGGGGAUUGAACUGGGGACAUUCUGAAUGCAAAGCAAAUUCUCUGCCCCUGAGCUGUGGCCAUUUUCUAAAUAAGAUUCUAGUCCUCAUGUUUCCAGAGAAAGGACUGUAUUAAAUAGGAACAAGAGAAGCUGCCUUAUACUGUCUUCAUCAAGCUCAGUAUUGCCUACACGGACUGGCAGGGUUUCAGAGGGGAUAUUCUGAGCCCCACCGGGAGAUGCUGUGGGUGUUUGAGCCUGGGGCAAGGCAGCAUGUGCUGUAGCAAUGAGCCGUGAUGGAGAGAAAGCGAGAGAGAAGGAAUUUUAUCUCUGUGUGUGUAAGAGAGAGAGAUGGGGCUCUUACGUUGCACUAAUUAAAGGUGAUAUCUUCAGCUCAGCAGGGUUAACAACAGUUUUAAAGCCCUUGUUGUCUCUUCCAGCACGAAACAAUUACUUGUCGUUUGAAGCUUUGCCUGCCAACAUGCAUGUUGACAAAACCUUUAGCAUUUCCCCCCCUUUUAACCUGGCACUUGGCAAGCAGUCACCUCCUUUGAACUGACAAUGGAGUCAUGCCUUCACGUUUAACCCUCCAAUGUUCUUUUCUCUCCCCUCCCAAUUCCCCUGGGUGACUAAGCCGCCUCGAUUUCUGUCCUCCUGCCAGGCAAACAGGAAUAUUUUUUCGACAAAGCCUCGGCGACUUGACUGCCCCUCGUGCACCAUUUAAAAUGGGAUGCAUGGACACAGGGUUGUGUCCAACAAAGUCCUGCUCAGAGUAGGCCCAUUAAAACGAACAAGCCUAAGUGAACCAUGUCUAUUAGUUUCCAUGGGUCUACUCUGAGUAGGAUUGGAGGCACCCUGCUGUUGCUGCUGCUUUAAUGCAACAGCAUUUGUCAAGCUGGUGCCAUGCAGAUGUUUUGAACUGGGGCUGAUGGGAGUUAUAAUCGAAAAUAUCUGGAGGGCACCAGCUUGGCAAACCUUGUUUUGAUAAGACAGACCUGCCCAGGGAGGUUGUCUCAGGCAGGUUUUUGUAACAGAUGGAAAAUGAACUGAAAUCUUUUUGUUAGGAGCGUUCAAAUCAAAAGUGUGCCGUCUAAACUUUUAAAACACACAGGUGCCUUGUGUUUCUUUCACAUAGAAAACAUUGGAAUGAGCCAAUGAAAAGAAACCAGGCAGGUAACUCCUGUUGUAUAAACUUUUCUAUAACUGCACUCAUAUGAACUAGUACCAAGGUUAUUUCAGAUUUGUAAAGAUAUAGCUUGUGGGGAACUGUGAUACUGUGGAAUUCAUGUGUCCUGCCCUCCAAGAAACAGAGUCAAAGGUUCUAAUUCAUGCAGCAGCUACAGGAGUGGACUGAAAUGUAAAACUGAACUGUGAUCAUAGCACAGAGUCAUAUACCGUAUUUUUCGCCCUAUAGGGUGCACCGGCCCAUAGGGCGCACCUAGUUUUUUGGGGGGGAGGGAAUAAAGAAAAAAAAAUUAUUCCCCCCCCAGGCACGGGGCUGGGGCGGGUGAAGCCCGAGCUUCCCCUGAACCCAGCCCCCAGAACAGGCUGCUAUCCGCAAGCCUUGGGAGCCCGGCGGGAACUUCCGCGGGCUCCCAAGGCUUGCUGAUAGCUUCCUGAAGCCUGGAUUCGCCCCAUAGGACGCACACACAUUUCCCCUUCAUUUUUGGAGGGGGAAAAGUGCGUCCUAUAGGGCGAAAAAUACGGUAAUUGUAGAGAUGGAAGGGACCAACCCCGUGCAAUGAAGGAAUCGCAGCUAAAGAACUCCUGACAGCCAACCUCUGUUUAUAAACCUCCCAUGAAAGAUAGUCUGCCACCUUCCAAGGGAGUCUCUUCCACUGUCAAACAGCUCUUACCUUCAGAAAGUUCUUCUUGAUGUUUCAUUGGAAUUUCCUUUCUUGCCAUUUGAAUCCAUUGGUUUUGGUCCUACCCUCUGGAAGAGCAGAAAACAAGCUUGCUCCAUCUUCCAUUGGACAGCCCUUCAGAUAUCGUAUCACCUUUCAGUCUUCUCCAGGCUAAACAUUGCCCAACUCCCUCAACCGUUCCUCAUAAGGCUUGGUUUCCAAAGCCUUGAUUAUCUUGGUCUCCCUCCUCUGCACACAUUCCAGCUUGUCAAUAUCCUUCUUAAACUGUGCUGAGCAGAACUGGACAUAAUACUCUGGAAGGGGUCUGGCCAACGCAGAACAACAAAGUCGUCCUAUUAUUUCUCUUGAUGUGGGCAGUGGGGUAAUGCUUGUUCUUCAGACAUUUUAAACACUUAGGAAGCUGCCUUAUACAGAGUCAGACCAUUGGUCCACCUUUCUUGGCUAGCCUAGAGGCAUUCCUAGCCUUACCUUGAGAUGCCAGAGAUUGAACCAGGCCCUUCCUCAAAUCACUGUACAGAAAUAUUUAUUGGUGAAAAGGAGGGCAUAGAAAUUAAGUUUGGUUGAUCUCGCCAAGGGUGCAGCAACAACUUAAAAGUGUCCCUGGCUAUGACUAACCUUACUUUUUUUAUUAUUAUUGUGAUUUAUCACAUUUUUAUUCCCCCAAAUUUAUUUCCUCACAAGAACUCUGUGAGGUGUGAUAGGCCUUACUAUGUCAUUCACAGGAGAAUAUAUAUAUAUAUAUAUAUAUAUAUAUAUAUAUAUAUAUA